GAAAACCCUACAAAAAAAUUAUAUUCACGUAUAAGAAAGCCCAGUGCUGUGCUUUCGUUUACAAAUCUAUAAGUGGAAAAUAUUUUAAAUUUCUGCAGCAAGUGAAAAGGCAAGUUAUAAGCAAUAGUUUCACAAACAGUAUCCGAAAGGCAAGUUAAAGAGAGAUCUCUAAUAAAGGGGAACAACAAGAGGCAAGAGUGCGAGAUAAAGGCUCAAGGUAAAGCAAUUGCUCCAAACUGGAUAAGCGAGAGCCGAUCUAGAGGACGAUAGCCACCACCACCGCCGACACUGACCAGCAAAAGCGAGUUAAGAUGUUGAGUUCGCUGGACGCGCUGGCUGGUAAAAUAGCCACCGCCACGCCCGGCACAGGCGCAGUGACGGCGGACAGCAAGAGCAGCCAGUCGAUGCUCCAUCACCACCACCAUCAUCACCAGCAUCGCCUCGACUACGAGUACUCGGCGGUGGAGAUUGAGCCACCGGCCGAGCAGCUGGCGAAUUCACCGCGCAGCGAACGAGAACGACUGCAGCAGGCGCAACAGGCCUAUGAGGUGCAGGCCCAGGCCGAGCUGGACUUUGGACUGGCCGAGGUGGAUGCCAAUGCCUGCCACAAGCUCACCCAGCUGAAGGUUAGGGUCAGCAGUCACCAUCAAAUGCAGCAGCUUAAUCACAGUCAGCAGAGCCAUCAUCAGCAGCACUCAGUGAAUAGAACCCUCCAGCGGCAUCAUCAUCACCAGGUCCAGGUCCAUCAUCAUCAUCCCUAUCAGCGACCAAGGACCUCCUCAUCCCCGCCACCGCAGCAGCAGUCAUCCUAUCAUCAGCAGCUCUCCCAGCUGGCCGCUCUGCAGGAUCACCACGAGCUGCUGCAGUCCCAGCAAGAGCUCUUUCACAAGCAACUGGCCAAUAUGCAGGAGUUCCAGCGAGAACGGGAGCGUGAGCGGGAGCGGGACCGUGAACGUGAGCGGGAGCGGGAAAGGGAAAGGGAGCGGGACAGGGAGCAGCGAAACAACUAUAUCGAUACCAGCGACUACGAUGACUUUAAAGUUCGCCUGAGGGAUAGUAGUGCAUUUGGUAUGAGCGAUAAGAGCAGCAGUGCCACGAAUAGCCUACCAAAUAGCCCCGUGCAUAGCAACAACAAUAAUCCAUCUCUGCUGAACAACAACACCAGUAGCAGCAAUAAUAGCAUUAACGGCGGCAACAACAACAAUCCGAGCUUGGGCAGCACCAACUCACUGGUGACCGUUGGAAGUAACGGUAUAAUGUCCGCCGCAGGACUGGUGAACAACAACAACAAUCCGUGCAGCGCCAAUCGAAAUGUCGUGAGCAUGGACGAUGAUUCGUGCUUCCGUCUGGACACGGACACCACCGUGGUCACGUACGGCGAAAAGGAGCCGGAUCCGGAUAAUAUCAAAAUGUUUGUCGGACAGGUGCCCAAGUCGAUGGAUGAGACGCAGCUGCGUGAGAUGUUCGAGGAAUAUGGCCCGGUGCACUCGAUCAAUGUGCUAAGGGAUAAGGCCACGGGAAUAAGCAAAGGUUGCUGCUUUGUGACGUUCUAUACGAGACGAGCCGCCCUGAAAGCCCAGGAUGCUUUGCAUAAUGUUAAGACGCUGAAUGGGAUGUAUCAUCCCAUCCAAAUGAAGCCUGCCGACAGCGAGAAUCGCAAUGAACGCAAACUCUUUGUGGGAAUGCUAAACAAGAAGCUGAACGAGAACGACGUUCGUAAGCUUUUUGAAGUCCACGGAGCCAUCGAGGAGUGCACCGUUCUCCGGGAUCAGAACGGCCAGAGCAAGGGCUGUGCCUUCGUCACAUUUGCCACAAAGCACGCUGCUAUUUCGGCCAUUAAAGUGACUCUCAGCCAGAACAAGAUCAUGGAGGGCUGCACGUCGCCGCUGGUUGUCAAGUUUGCCGACACCCAGAAGGAGAAGGAGCAAAAGAAGAUCCAGCAGAUUCAGGCCAAUCUGUGGAAUCUGGCCAGCAAUAUUAACAUACCGUUGGGCCAAACCGCCACCACCGUUUCCACACCGAUUCUGCCCAAUCCCCCGCAGCAGGCUUCACCAGUCUUGGGCGCGGAUGCCAUUACCCCGGCAUCCAUUCAACUUUUGCAGCAAUUGCAGGCCGUGGGACUGCAGCAACAGUUGCUGCAAGCCCUUACUGGUCUAGGAGCCGCCCAGCAGAGCAGCUCGGCCACGGAUACAAGUGCCGCGGCUGCCGCCGGGCUACUAACUCCGAUGACCGUUCAAAAUCUGGCCGCCAUCGCUGCAAUGACGCAGCCAAGUCUCACAAACGCCGCCGCCGCAGCAGCCGCUGCCACAUCUCCGGGCAGUGCUCAGCUAACAAACACCGCCGCAUUGCUUUGGUCUGAUCCGAAUCCAUUGGCAUCGGCAUAUAUGUCAACGGCCGCUGGUUUGCCGCAAUUCGGCAGCGCCAGUGCAUUGUCCACCUCACCGCUGGCCAGCGUUGCCCUUAGUGCCGCGGCUGCCGCAGCUGCGGGCAAGCAGAUUGAAGGACCCGAGGGCUGCAACUUAUUCAUUUACCAUCUGCCGCAGGAGUUCACCGACACGGAUCUGGCCUCAACCUUCCUGCCUUUCGGCAAUGUGAUCUCGGCCAAGGUGUUUAUUGACAAGCAGACGAGCCUGUCCAAGUGCUUUGGCUUCGUGUCCUUUGAUAAUCCAGAAGCGGCCCAGGUGGCCAUCAAGGCGAUGAACGGCUUCCAGGUGGGCACCAAGCGCCUGAAGGUGCAGCUGAAGAAGCCUAAAGACUCGAAGCCGUACUAGCCGGCUAGCGGACUCCCAAGGAGGCCUCCCUCCCACCAAGAUCGACGGGUCAUCCGGAUUGCCGGGGAGACCGAGUAGAGAAUACUGAGAUUUGUGAAAUAUGGAGUAGUCAAUGAAUGAAGAGUUGCCGUGUAGAGCGCGCGCGCGUUGCAAGAGAGUAACCCGAUGCAAAUGCCAACGUUACGCCUUGUUGACCAUUUAUUUUUCAUAUUUUGGAGGAGGCAAGUGAUAGUUGUGGCAGGCCGCCAGCUGAAAGUUGUAUGCUUAGGUCCCGGAAACUUGUAAAUAUAUCGUGCGCUAAGUAUCGAGCAUCUGGAGAAUAAAAAAACAAACAAAACAAAACACCUAUUCAUUUGCUGUCGCAUACAAAUUUUCAAGAACUGUACAUUUUAACAACAAACUAAAUCGGACGCUCUGUAAAAAAUCUGUAUUCUAAAAUGUUGUACGAUAGCCAAGAAAAUCCGUUUUUUAAGCUUGUAAAGCGCGCUAUUUUUAACAAAGUAAAUUUAUAAAUAAAA